GGCGUUCACCAUAGGCGAGAAGAAGAUAAAAUAUAGAGAGGCUCUCCAAAAUCUUUUAUUGACCUAAUUACCUGUUUUAUAGAGAUAAAUAUUACUAUUAUUUAUUAUUACUCCGUCCGUUUCAAUUUAUGUGAACCCAUUUGAUUGGACACGAAAUUUAAGGAAAGAGAGAAACUUUUUAAAUUUGUGGCAUAAAAUGAGUCAAAUAUAUUUUGUGUGACUCAUAAAAGUAAAUUGUUUCCGAAUAAGUCAUUAUUUUUGGUACGGACCAAAUUAUUCUGUCGUUUUCUCCCGCUCACAAUACAAUUUAUCAAGUUCUUUCUCUAUUCAGAUCUCCUUCUUUCCCUUCGUAUCGGUGAACCAUGUCGUACGCCUAUCUCUUCAAAUAUAUUAUCAUCGGUGAUACCGGAGUUGGAAAAUCAUGUCUUCUUUUGCAAUUUACGGACAAACGGUUUCAACCUGUCCAUGACCUGACGAUUGGGGUUGAAUUCGGGGCUCGAAUGAUCACAAUAGACAACAAACCAAUUAAACUACAGAUCUGGGACACGGCUGGUCAAGAAUCAUUCAGAUCCAUCACAAGGUCAUAUUACAGAGGUGCUGCUGGGGCAUUACUUGUUUAUGAUAUUACAAGGAGGGAAACAUUUAAUCACCUUGCUAGUUGGUUAGAAGAUGCAAGGCAGCAUGCAAAUGCAAACAUGACCAUAAUGCUGAUAGGAAACAAGUGUGAUCUGGCUCAUAGAAGGGCUGUAAGCACAGAAGAAGGUGAGCAGUUUGCCAAGGAACAUGGCUUGAUAUUUAUGGAGGCCUCUGCUAAAACAGCUCAGAAUGUUGAAGAGGCUUUUAUCAAAACAGCUUCAACAAUCUACAAGAAAAUACAGGAUGGUGUGUUUGAUGUCUCAAAUGAGUCCAAUGGAAUAAAAUUUGGAUAUGGAGGCCUUCCCGGUCCAUCAGGUGGAAGAGAUGGAGCUGCUUCUCAAGGAGGGGGUUGUUGCAGUUGAAAGUUGAAAAUUAUUCUUCAAACUUGAUACAUGUGGUCAUCGUCUAUAUGCCAUCUUCACCGGUCCCUUUAUCUUAUCUUUCAGAGGUUUCGUCGAUUUGUUAUAGUGAUGUUAUCUGUGCAAAAAAUAAGCAAAUUCAGUAAA